AAACCAGUACAAUGCGGCGAGUAAAUCAAGCUACACGCUUUGGUAUCGGUUAUUCUGUUGUGACCUAAGUGAUCUAUAGUGUAAAUACUGUGAUUUAGUGCCGAUAGUACACUUUGUUAGUGUAAUUAAGUGAUUCCGUGUAAAAUAUAAAGUGAAACCGCCUUAAAAAUCCACUCAGCACCUUUGGAGUUCUCAACUUCGCAAUUCUGGACUUAGCGUUUCCAUAGAUUAAGUGUGAAUGUGUUAUAAAUAAAAACCUUGCUAGUGGAAGGACCUAAUUUAUACUGAAAACCGCGUUCAAAUCCACUUAGAACCAUAGACAUUUAUCAACUUUCUAGCAUUUUUGGACUUACCUUGGAUUAAAAGUGUAUGUGUUAUAAAUAAAAACCUCUGUAAAAGGUCCUAAAUUAUAGUCAAAACCGCGCUAAAAUCAAAGAAUACAUCGACAAACGUGGAUUACUAUUUCGUUUCAUACAAUUUAUACAGACUAAAAUGACCGUUUGGCGCGAUAACUUGAAAAUACUAACAGGCAAAAGGGUGUUAUCCAAAAAGUACAUAUGGACCUUGAAAUGUGUGAGUGUUUUCUGACAAAGGACUGUGUUAACGGAUUGAAACACUGUCAAAACUUUUAUUAAAGAAGUAAAAAAAAAAGAAAAAAAAGGAGUAGUAAAAAACUUUGUUGAUAAAUCCAUCGUGAAAAUAAUAGUAACUAGUCUUGAAAGAAAAUAUCAAGAUUUUAAAGUAAAGCAGUGAUUGAACCGCUGGUAACUGCGUACGGUUCACCAAGGAACUACUGGGUGAAGAAAAUCGAAUAACUUGGAAAAGGUGUCAAAAAUAGUAAUAUUUUAAAGUAAAGUAACUAAAGAACCGCUGUUGACAUAGCACGGUUCACUAAGGAACUAUUGGGUAAAAAAAAUCUUCUAGGAAAAGUGACAAAAAAAACGAUUUUGAAGUUAAACGGUGAAGAGACUGCUGUUGAUAUAGCACGGUUCACCAAGGAACUAUUGGGUGGAAAAAAUCUUCUAGAAAAAGUGACAAAAAAGAACGAUUUUGUAGUUAAACAGUGAAGGAACUGCUGUUGAUAUAGCACAGUUCACCAAGGAACUAUUGGGUGAAAAAGUAAAAAUAAACAAGAUUUGGUGUAAUACGCUAAAGUUUAGUGUAUAUUAUCAAUAAGAUUAAUAUAAUCUUAUGUUUAUCGCUUGGUGAAGAAAAUUCCAGUAUAAACUUAGAAGAAAGUAAAAAGAAAAACAAAUUCAACAUGGCUCCAAUGGAUAUGUAAUACUUGUGCUUUUUGCACAAGUUAAGCAUGCUUUGAAAUUGAAGUAUGUGUGGCGCACUUGCCUUUAAACAUAGAUGAAGAAGGAAAUUACAAAGUCAAGCCAAAGCGCCAUCAAAUCAUAAUUGGACAUUUAUUGUUUUCUUUGAAUAAAAUACAUAAACAAAAACUUAAAGUUAAGACAUGAAAACCUACAAAGUUUUUCACAAAAAUAAGCAAUAACUUUAUCGCUUUUACCGUCUAAAAUUUCACCAAGAAACUAUUGCGUGAAUUGAAUACAGCAUAAUUUAGCUAUCACAAGUGAUAAUAAAAGUGGGAGACAAUUGGACCACUACUGCCAUCUAGCGGUUCACCGACAAACUAUUACGCGAAAGCAAAUCCAACAUGGUAGAAGACACUCUACAAUCUGGUCACAUAUCGGCGGCUGCUGUGCUGCAAUUCGCGGCCAAGGAAGCAAUGGAGGGGCGGAGGUUGGCGGAAUUUGGCGCCCAUGCUUUCACUGGCAUCGCUUAUAACCCUUACGCAACCCUCGGCGAUAUGGGUGGAAGCGGUACCAGUUCAUCAUCUUCGCACAUGUCCCCUGGAUGGACCACCAAUGACCUGGACUUGGACUUAACCGGAGAACUGACUAUGGGCGAUGCAUUGGGCGCGCUGUCCUGCGCGCUGCCAGGGCUGCCAGGGUUCAAGCAGGAAGCCCUGUCUCCCCCAGGGAACGUGCUGGCCAACCCACGACGCGCUUGGCUUCCACGCAGAGCUGAUGAUAACAGACAGAUAACCAACAUGGUGGUGGACAACCGUGACCUGGACGACGGCUGCCAGCAGUCGUCGCCUCACAAUGGCGUCAUGAUGAACUCACAUUCCAGUCCAGAAAGUAUGCAGUGCCAACCGAUGCCAAUGAUAAUGCCAGUGAAUGGCUACCACUCGCCCAAUAACCAGGAGAACAAAGGUUUGUUGAUGUGCUCGCCUAACUCCCUGGACAGCUUUCUGCACUCGCCGACCCGCUCCGAAACCUGCUACAAAGAUGAUAACAGAUUCCAAGAUCUCCAUUUAUAUUCCAGAUUCCAGUACGUGCUAGCGGCCGCCACGUCCAUAGCCACCAAACAGAGCGAGGAAACCCUGACUUAUCUCAACCAGGGGCAACCCUACGAGAUAAAACUGAAGAAGCUGGGAGAUUUGGCGCCUUACAAGCAAGAAAAGAAGAUUUUCAAGAGCGUCAUCAAAAUCUGCUUCCACGAGCGUCGCCUGCAGUACAUGGAGCGCGAGCAGAUCGCGCAGUGGCAUGCCGAGAGACCCGGGGAGAGGAUCAUAGAAGUAGACGUACCACUGUCGUACGGGGUGACUCGUGUGGAACAACCGACGUGUUUGAAUGCGUUGCACAUCUAUUGGGACCCUACAAAAGAUGUAGGCGUUUACAUCAAGGUGAACUGCAUAUCAACAGAGUUCACAGCGAAGAAACAUGGCGGCGAAAAGGGGGUGCCCUUCCGUAUACAAGUGGAAACCUACCUCGCUAACGAAGAGAACAGGCUCCACGCCGCUGCUUGCCAAAUCAAGGUGUUCAAACUGAAAGGUGCGGACCGCAAACAUAAGCAAGACCGCGAAAAGGUGCUGCGGCGACUGCCCAACGCCCACGAAAAGUACCAACCCGGCUGCGAAGCGACCGUGCUUACCACUUUGUCAAACGACGCAUUGCUACCGCCGCCAUCGCUGGUCACCGCCUCACCACCGUACUCUCCAGAGAUGUGUGUUUCUCCAAAGGCUAUUCCAAGCCCCGUGUUGCCCAACAAGCCUGUAAUAUCACAACCUGCGAUUCUUGCUUCAAACAACCAGAUGAAACCACUAUACUGCUCUGAUGGCGGUGAUGUGAAGGUGAACAGUCCACCCUGUCACUCCCCGGGAGCUAUUCUGCCAGACCUGCCACAAGCCGCUGAAGAUCCUGAUAAGAACUGUGGUCUGUCAAAGGACGCCACGGCCCAGGAGACUCAGACAUGGCUGACCCGACACCGCUUCACACAACACGUGUCAACAUUCACCAACUUCUCUGGCGCAGAUUUGCUGAGAUUAUCGCGAGAUGACAUCAUACAGAUAUGCGGUCUGGCUGACGGAAUUCGCCUAUUCAACGCUCUGCAUGCCAAACGCAUCGAGCCACGUCUGACGGUGUAUGUCUGUCCUGCGGGCUGCAACGUGUACAGCGCGCUUUAUUUGCACGCUUGCCGCGCUGCUGAACUUUUACACAAGCUGAGGACUCUUCUACCACCCACUGCUAAGGAAUGCGAAACUGUACUGGUAUCCGGACCGAACGGCGCGCCGGUACGCUUAACCGACGAGUUGGUACGACACUUACCAGAUAACUCUACGUACCGGUUGGAGAAGCUUGAGGAAGAUACGCUACUUCUGAGCCCCACUGGGAACUGACACGAGCCUCAAUGUGAUGUUACUGAGAAAUUUACUCGGACGUGAAAAGAUGAUAUGGUUAACUUCGUUAACCCUGUUAACUUUGAUUAAACAGCUCAUUAAGUGACAGGGCAACGUUGAGCGUAUAAAGAAUGUAAAGAAAACGCAUAUUUAACAGCAUUAACCAUGAUUAAGCCUGUUGACCUUGGUUUUGCAGCUCACCAAGCAACAGGGGAAUAUUGAGCUUAUAAGAAGAAGUUGGUCAAAUGUAAGGAAAACUCAAACACCACCGUAGUUAACCAUGGUUAACCGCCAUUAAUUAGUCCUCUGAAGGGACGUGGCCUAUAGACAAUGUAAAAUGUAGUAUGAUUAACGUGAUUAUCAUGGUUAACCAGGUAAUGAUAAUGUAAAUGUAAGAAAAUUGUAUGGUUAACUUUGUACCAUACAAUAUUAACCUGAUUAAAAUUAGGUUAACCAUAAAUCCCGGCACGCUUAACCGAUGAGCUGUACAUUUACCGCACAACUUUACGCACAGCUUAAAGAAGCUUGAACAAGAUACUUUAUUUCUGAGUCCCACUGGAAACUGACACGAGUCACAAUGUGAUUCUACUGAGAAAUAGGUCCGUGUAGGACGUGACAUACGGUUAACUUCGGUAAAUACGGUUAACCUCGUUAAAUUUGUUCAAACAGUUCUCUAACGUUGAGAAAUAUAUGAUGAAAAAGAUGUAGAUAGACUAUAGAAAAUGUAAGAAAAUGGGUAUUUAACAACGUUAAUUAAGCUGGAAGCGACGGGCCUGCCCGCGAAAUUCAAAUUUAAUUUGGUUUUUCGCAAUUUGUAAACUAUUACGACAACGCAGGCUUAUGGCAUUUUAAUUGCGACAAUGGCAGUAUCAUCCUCACAGGUUUAUAUAAAAAUCUUUACUUGAAAAGGUCCAGUUUAAGAAGCUCUAGUAUCAACUAAUUUCUGAGAAUAGUUGAAUUUCAAUUUCGCGGGCAGGCCCGUCUCAUGCCCCAUGGAGGGGAAAGGGGAAUAUUAGUCAUAAAGCAAAACUUUGCUAAUAUUCUUUAUAAAAAAAAUACAUUGUGAACUUUAAAAAAAAAUACAUCUUUUUUUUUAAUCGCAUUUUUGUGGUAUCUAUCACCUACCACCACUUCGUCUGUGUUGGUGUUAGCUGGCGGGCGUGCUCUGCCUUUUUGGA